AUGGUGUUUGAAAGCUGGAUCUGUCUGAAUUGGGUAUCUGGUGAUGGAGCGUCCAAGCUUGUGAAUAAUCAGGGCUUGGCUUUUAGAUUCCUAACUGUAUUACGACCACCUGUAACGCAAGGUCAAUUAGCAUACGAGCCUCUAGAGUGGAAGCAGAUAGUUGAUCUUCUGUGGAGUGAUCCCCGACCUCAACCAGGAUGCUGCCAUAACGGCUAUCGAGGAGGUGGCUGUUUCUUUGGACCAGAAGUAACUCGUUCAUUCUUAGAAAGGCACCAGUUAGAAAUGCUGGUAAGAUCUCAUCAGUGUAAAUCAGAUGGAUACGAGUAUGCACAUGAUAAUAAGCUAAUACUAGCUAAUGAUGCUCCAGCUAAUGAUGCUCCAGCUCAUAAGGAUGAAGCUCCAGCUAAUGAUGAAAGUGUGGCAUAG